AAAUUUUUAAAUAUUUCAGAUGUUAAAAUUGAGUAAUAGACCUUAAAAGUGUAAAGAAUGAUGUCAGGAAACAUUAGUUAUUGUGAAUGUUGUGACCUCACAUUCAGGAACCAGAAUGAAUACCAAAUGCAUUGUCAAGGAAAGAAGCACAUAGCAUGCAGCAAUUUAUUUAAGAAUCAGGAAACUGCAAAACGUACUGCAUUUGUUCGUGGGUUUGGAGCUGUCAGGCGUGAUCAUAAAAAUUUUCUCUUGGAUUAUUUUUCUCGUUUUGGCCCAGUGAACAAAGUCACAGUCUUCAAUAGAUCAGGUGAUUUUUAUGGACAUGUUGAGUUUCAGAGUUUAGACUCUUUAACUAAGUGCUUAAAUACGAGGCAUCACAAGUAUGAAAGGGCCUAUUUGCAUGUUAAACAGUUUGUGUAUUAUCUCCCAAAAUCUGAACGAGCUCGUCAGAAUCACCUUCAACAUGAACGUGAUGAGAAAGAGAAGAAAAAAAAGCUGUAUGUCCAGAUGAUGCUGCUUUUGAAAUCAGCCGAUCAUAUUUUGGAUCAAAUGGACAAGCUAAGUGAACAUUUAACUCUGACAAAUGAAGAAGAGAAAGUUCGUGAAAACAUUUGUUUAGAAUUAACAAAUCUAUUUUCACCUUUCUUUGAAUCCUGCAGUGUUUACAUGUUUGGGUCUUCAGUCAAUAGAUUUGGCUUCAAAGAAUGUGACCUUGAUUUGUUUCUAGAUUUUGAAAAUAAUAAUGUCAUCUCAAAUGUCAAACCACAGCAAAAAAAUUUACUUCCUUAUCAUAACGAUAUAAAAUUUAUCAAUGUGGAAUACUGGCCUCUAACUAAAGAAUAUAUACAAAGUUUAGAUGCAUUGAAACUGGUAAAAGUGGUGUCCAGAAUUCUCAUGACAAAAACAUGGCUGUAUACAGAGCCAUUAACAGUGCCUAGUCAGCGAUGUCCAGUAAUUAAGUUUGACCACAUAAAAAGUGGUAUUAGUUGUGACAUGUCAAUGAACAACAGAAAAGCUUUGCACAACAGCCUUCUCCUGCGCUUGUAUGGCUCUGAGCCUCGUGUCCACAAAUUGGUUAGUGUGUUACGGCUGUGGGCCAAGACCCAUGAACUCUCUGGAGGUCAGGGUCACCUGCUGACUAGCUAUGCACUCACCUUGACUGUUUUAUUUUACUUGAUGAGGAAAGAACCCAGCAUCAUCCCUAAAGUCUGUGAACUUGAAGCUUGUGUUCAAGGAGCAAAGAAAGUGAUGGUGGAUGAAUGCUUUUGUGUGGAAGUUCCUAAAGAUGCGGUCUUACCUCCAUCAGAAAACACAGAAAAUGAGGUUGAUCUUCUAAAGGGUUUCUUUGACUUUUAUGCCAGAUGUGUCAAUUGGGAUAGUGAUGUUUUAAGGUUUUACGACGCCACCAUCAUUAAAAAAACUAUAAUAACAGAAGAUCCAUCUUUUCUUGCAUGCAAGACUGGCUGUAUGGCACUACUAGACCCUUUUGUGAUCACUCAUAAUGUGCUGGGGAAUGUGAAUGAGAAAACAAGGACCAGAUUUAUAGAAGAGAUAAAGAGAGCUGCUGAAAUGACCAGCACCUGGUCCAGUAGUAACCUUGGGUCAUCAUCUGAGCCAUGGGGAAUAGCAGCUUUACUUGAGCUUAAUCCAAAUUCAACUAAAGACCAAAAUGACCAGAAUAAGAGCUCUAAAGUUCCAAAUCAAAGCAGCAGCCACGCUUUAAAAAUGGACGGGGAGCAAGAAAAUGGGGAUUUCUGCAUCCCUCUUCAGCCAACGUUGUCCGCCAUCUCUGACCCUGCCUUGGUCUCAGCUGCUCAGGCCAAUCAGACCACAGCACAGAAGCAGUGGUGUGUCACAGCAGAAAAGCUGGUGAUCGAUGUUCUUCAGAAAGUUUUUCUAGUGGAAAUUAACCCUUUAAUUCUCAACAAGGAAAAUAUUGAUAAAUCAGCAAAGUGUGAAAAGAAGAUAAAUUUAGACGCAGGUGCUUCAAUCAGAGAGAGUGAUGAGGUUGACCUACCAACAAAAUAUAAAAAAGAAUUAAAUAUGAAUGAAAACAUUCUGAAGAUAGAAAUAGACAAUCCUGAUGCACCAUUAAAAUGUGAAGGGGAGUCAAACAAAGAACAAGACUCCCCUAGUCUUAAAAAUAAACGAUCAAGUGAUGUUGCACUUGAAGAUUUAAAUGAACAGGAGCAGGAAAACCCACACAAGAGGUUAUGUGAAGGUCUGAGUAGCCCAGACAGUACUACAAUAGUACACUCAACAUUAGUUCACACUCACAGAACCGAAAGUGCUGACCCUUCUCGUGACACAGACACUCACAGAACCGCAAGUACUGACACUUCUCAUACAAAGACUUCUCCAGAAGACAGUUUUGAAUCAUCAGCUUACACCUGCACCUGCAAACACUCUAUGUGGAUAGGGAGAAAAAAGAUUAAAACAAGUUCAAGAAUAGAUAGCAGCCUUAAAGGGUUAAAGUUAGAAGAAGAAAUAACCAGAUUAGUUUUAAAAGAGAUGGAAAAAAUAUCAAAUGCAGCCAACUCUAACCCAAACAUUGUCACCUCUUCUACCAAACCAGCAUCUCAAUCAGUCACUUUCUCAUGUCAAAUUUUCCACAAGAACAUCCAUGCAGAGUUACCCUUCAUUCUCAUUAAAAUCAGACCACUCCCAGAAUGCAUCAGUAUCUUUAAAAAUUUGUAUAGUUCAUUUAGACACAUUCUUUGCCAACUGGUUGUUUCUGAUUUAGUGAUUUAAAUUUUUACUGAAGAUAAAUGUAUAGAUUUUUAUGCUUUGAAAACACAAUAUAUAAAUUAUUACACAUUGUUUUGCAAUUUUGAAAAA